ACGAUGGCAAAAGGGCACCCUGAGGACAGAAAUGGGGGGUGGCAGGGACUCGACACUCAACACCCUGUGCCACAGCUGGUGGUGGUGGCACCCACCCCGGGUGCUGGAUGUCACCUCUGUCGAUGUCACCUCCCGCAGACCUGGGCAGCUCGGUGUUUGUGUUCCCCCGAGAGUCCCAAAGCGCCCACGUGCAGGUGACAGCAAUGCUGGAGAAGCCCCUGAACAACUUCACCGUGUGCCUCAAGUCCUACACCGACCUCAGCCGGCCCUACAGCCUCUUCUCCUACGCCACCAAACAACAGAGCAACGAGAUCCUGCUCUUCAAGCCCAAACCUGGCCAGUACGACUUCAACGUGGGCAACCAGUUCUUGUCCUUCAGGGUGCCUGAAAACCUCGGGGAGGUCGAGCACGUCUGCGUCAGCUGGGAAUCCUCCACGGGCAUCGUGAGGUUCUGGUUCAACGGGAAGCCCUGGCCCAGGAAGGGGCUGCAGAAAGGAUACACGGUGGGAGUGCCAGCAUCCAUCGUGCUGGGGCAGGACCAGGACAGCUUUGGGGGUGGUUUUGAUGCCAAGCAGUCCUUUGUGGGGGAGAUUUCAUCCGUGUACAUGUGGGACGUGGGGGUCUCCACCACGGAGGUGGUGUUGGCCCUGUAUGACACACCUGGCCAAACCCCCCUUUUUGGCUGGAACAAUUUCCCCCACAAGAUCGUGGGAGAGGUGUACCUGAAGCCCUGAGGUUGUGGGGGGUGUCCCCAAUCCCUGCUGUGUAACCCCCUCCCCAAAAGCCACCCAAUAUUGCAUAAAUGGAGAAAUGUGUUUUUAGGGUUCUGGUGGUUUUUAGGGGUGGGGGAGUGGGUUGAGACCCCCCAAGGCAAAGCUCUGGGGGUGCAGUUCUGGAG